UAACAGACUUCUUACUGGGACCGGCAGAGUUGUUUACUGCGAUAUUUCGAAAACACGAGGUUUCUGGAGAUUGAAGGGAACAUAUGAUGCAACGUUGGUCGUGGAAUCAGUCAUAAGCACAGUCGUUUAAUUCGUUCACAGAUUCUCGACAUUCCUUGGAAGAUCUCAAGCAUAGACGUCAUAAAAUUUCGACAACUCUGACAGUCUGACGGACACGUGCGAAGCUUAUUUUAUUUUUACGCUACAAAAACUGCGUGACAGAACGCGGUGCGACGUCGUCAGGUACGCUAAUGUUCCUAGAGAAACUCUAACGCAAACUCAAGAUGCUACCCAUUCGACAUGUUCUACGUCUUUGUGCACGUAUAGUUUGCACUCGGCAUGUAGCAUAUUGUCAUGCUCCAGUUUUACGCGAACCGAGCAGCAUUGGAACAUUCCAUCAAGUGCGAUUUACUCACGAGGACAGUGGCACUCGCAUAGAAUUAGGCAAAUUAAAGGGGAAGCUGAAGCUAAUGUUUACAUGCAAGAAAUGCCAAACGAGAACAAGCAAGCUGAUAUCGAAGCUGGCUUAUAAUAAAGGAGUAGUAAUAGUGAGAUGCGAAGGUUGCAAGAACAAUCAUCUUAUUGCCGAUAAUUUAGGAUGGUUCUCAGAAAUCAGUACAAGAACAAACAUCGAAAGAAUCAUGGAACUGAAAGGGGAGACUGUGCGAAAGGUAAUGAAUGAUGAGGAUGGCUAUUACGAAGCUGUUUUGAAGGAGAAGUUCAAGUCACAGAAUGAGGAUACUGAUGAAAUAAAAUCAGACAACGAAUGUUCUGAUAAAAUUAAAAUAAUUGACAAAUCACAGGGAAGUUAAAAUUCCUUUUGAAUGCUAGCCCUUGUCCUACAAACAAAAGUAGAAUGUAAGUGUAGGCAAGUGCAAAAUGUUCUGUUAUAAAUUUAUUGCGUAAUUGGUUUGUUUAUAAUCUGUAACAUUAAUAAAUACAGCCACAAAACGUAUGCAAGUUUUAUAAAUGCAGAAUACGCUGAAAAACCAUAUUUAUGUUUAGGUGAAUUAUAGUCGUGCUGGUUGGAACAUCAUUUUAAAACGACAAAAUUCAUGUGUAGAUUCAGGGCCCGUUCCGUUUCACGCAUGAUGUGCAUAAUGCAUCAUUUAUUUAACCUUAUUUAACAUUCGGUGAAUAACAAGGAUAAAAGAUGCAUCAUGCGCAUCAUGUGUGAAACAGAACGCAGCCUCAAUUUACUGUUUUUUUUUUACAUUAUUGGUAUCUGAAAAACAAAAGAAGUAGAAGAUUACACAUGUAAGAAUUAACCUUACGCAUGUAUAUAGUUUUUUAAAUAU